AUGAAUGACCUGUCCCUGCGCACACGUGGUUACUUCAAGUACUUAACGAACUGUUCGGCAAAUAAGAAAGAAUGGAACCGAGCAGUGCUUGUUUUACACAGAGACCCGAAAAAUACCGUUAUCAUGGCUGAUUUACAGGAUACGGAAUAUGAGACAUUAGACCUACCUGAUACAAAAAUAAUCAUUCCAUUAAAUUUUUUCAAAGUUUGUCGAAAACAUAUUGUUUCUGGUCACGCAUCAAUAUGUAAUGAGAAUGGUCAUCCUAACCAGAAGCAUUCUUUGAACACUGUUAAAAAUGCCAUUCCAUGUAACCAAAUUCAUCUAAGUUCACGAUUUUUAUUUGGUAAAAAGCAGUUGUGGCUGGGUUUUACAUCUCUGUUUGACCAAGAUAUAUGGUAUUCAUCUUUGAAAACUUUGGUUACAAAGCACAGAAACAAGAAGAAUACUUUAAAUGGUCCCGAUUUACUACGAGCAUCUGCAUUAAGUUUAUCCCAAACAUCGGAGUUGGAUUUACUUGCUUCAGCCCUGCCAAAUAUCUUAGAUAAUGAAAUAUAUGAAAGUACUUCUGCUCAAGAUACAUUUUCUGUCUACAUAAUUCAUACAGAAAAAUCAAAAGAUUUAGGGUUGUCUGGUCGUUACUUACUACGUAUAAAAGAAAAUGCAUUUGAACUACUUGAUCCGGACACAUAUUCAAUAGUAAAAGUAUGGCCGGUCAAAUAUGCGCGCAAAUUCGGUGUGUAUACCAAACGUUUUUAUUUAAUAACUGGAAGUGGAUGUGAAGAUGGUCGCGGAUUGUUCAUCUUUCUAAUAGAGCAUGCUGAUAAAUUUCAAUCAAGACUAUUUCGUCAAAUGAAACAAUUAACUAUGCAGUCUCAGUUAUCUAGACGUGUUACCGACUCUAGCAAAUGGAUAAUAGAUCAAGAGAUUAAAAAGGAAUUUAGUGAAUUUCACUUAAAUGAAACAAAUCAUUGUUGGUUUUCGUCAGAGCCUAGAAAAAAGAAAAAUAUUCUAACGUCUCUCAACUCAACUGAUCCGUUGUUGAAAACUAAACCACGUUCCAACUCUGUUAAUGAAUUUCUAUUACAAAAUAUAGAAUCAAAUAAUUUACAUCAAAGGCAAAAUUCUUCAAAUAUGUUACCAAAAGAAAUCUCUGUCUCAUUAGCUUAUGAUAGCGAUGCAAAAUCUUCAUCAUCAUCAUGGAUAUUUCCAGAGGAAAACUUCAUAAUAACGUCUGGUAAAUGUUUUGCUGAACGUUCAUGUCAAACUAUAUUUGAAGUAAAUACAGCAGAGCAGUUAAAACAUUCUAGUAAUGUUAAUUCACCACGAGUAACUGUAGUAAAACAACAAAUACAAGAAAAAAACAUGAUUCAUAAUGAUUAUAGUUCUCAAGAAACAUUCAUUUCAGAAACACUGUGUGAACGUGAAGAUGAUAAUGUUUUUCUAGAAAAAGAAGAGGAAGAAGAUAAUUUAAGCGAAGCUUCACAACCCGUUUAUGCUAAUGCUGAACAAAUCACCAAUACGAUGUUCAACACAAAAUAUUCCAAUAAUCAUAAUCAAAAAUUACUAACAAAUAGUGGAAGCAAUGAGGAUGAAACAACAGUGACAUCAUGCUCAAUGAAUGUGAACUCACCAGUGUCAGCAAUAAGCGAUACACCAUCUCUGUUAACGUCGUCAUCAUCUACUUUAAUAAAUAAACCAAUUAAUACUUCGUGUUCAUAUACAAAAAAUUGGAAACUUGGUUACUUAAUUGAACCAAUAAUGGAAAGAGAAGAACAAAACUCACAUAACUCAUCUAUAUCCGUUGGUAAUGAAGAAUGUAAUACAGCUUAUAAAGAAGAAUGUGAUGGUUUAGUCACUUCAUCAACACCAGAUAAUGAUAUAGAUAUAAAAAAGAUUAGCAAUACUUAUCUUAGUAAAUCACCGGCUGAUGAAUUAGAAAAUACAGACGACGAAAACGAUUCGGUUUGUGAAAAUGUUCAGUUAACAAAAGAAUUUCAAAACAUUUUAGAAGACGUAAAAUUUUAUCGAUUGGUUUCAAGAUCAGCUACUUGGGAUGGAUGGAUGAAAUUGAAGACAAAUACAAAACAAGAAGUUACGUCACAGAAAGUUAUUGUACAAACAGAUAACAACAUUGAAAAUGACAAUAUUACUGCAAUUAUUACUAAUACUAACGAUCAUCACGACAGCCCUAAAAUGAAAGAUAAUUCACAUGUUGUUGUGAUGACAGCAUUUUGAAUUGAAUAACGGUGGUGUAAUUGGUAAUGAGUAAACUAACAGUUAUUUUCUUAUUAAUUUUACCCAUCAACUAUAUGUUGUUCAUUAUAAAAACAUACUUAUGAAAUGGAAGAUUUUUCAUUCCAUUGUAGGUACUCUCAUGUGAUUAACAGUUGUAUACAAAACGAAAAUAUUUUCCUGGGAAUUCAUUAGUGUAUGGUUUGAUUUAUAUCAAUUUUUAUUUAAAAACACCUAAAUUUUGUUGCGCACAAGAUUAUGAAAUUAAUGAUAAAUUCAAUGAAAGCUUGUUAAUAUGAUUAGGAUUUAUUAAAUGCAAAGUUAUAAUGAUCAAAAUCAAGUUAUAAUACAUAUUUCAUAACAUUUUUAUAACAGAAUAUGAA